AUGUGUUGGAUGCCAUCGAUAUCUGUAUUUGUUAUAUUAACAAUUCAUUCUGUAUAUUUAUAUGAUCCAUUAAAAUCAAAACCAAAUCUUCCAGUUAAAAUUGAUGCAAUUCAACCAUUAGAUAGAACACAUGCAUUAGCAUCAUUAUCACCAUUUGAACGUGAUCUUUAUAUAAAUUAUCAUAAAGGUAUUCAUAUGGAUCAUUAUCGUGUAUCAUUAACAUCACAAUGGUCAUUAGAAAAACGUUAUUCAAAAUCUAAUUGUUGUGAAACAAAAGAUAUUGGAAUGCGUGAUGUUCGAUGUGAUUCACAAUAUAUUUGUUUAUCAAUAAUGCAACAAGAUGAUUUAAAAUGGAGAUUAGAUAUAAUGUCACGUGAUAUGAAACGUAUACGACGUGGUGUUGUUAUGGAUGCUGGAGAAAAUUAA